UAUUUUCUUCCUAAUUCACCUUUUUGUCCCCGCCCCCCGCAGUUUGUUUACAAUGACGUCAUUCACAUGCGCCGCUCACAUGUUCGCAGCCUGGACGCGACACCCGGUUCAUAGGUGAUGCACCUGAAGUCAGAGGAGAGCAGGUGACUGAAAUGGCACAUAAUCGCUCAGAUGUGUGUGAAUUUAAGGUAAAUGCAGUUUCAGAGGUGAUGGCUCUGCUUCAGAUAGACAUGGAGACUGAUGUGGCGGAAGGCAGGCCAGGGAGAGAAGAUGCAGCAUGUUCAAGGAACGUGCUGAGGAAGCAGCGCAACUGGGAGAGGCAGCUUGCAGCAAAGAAAAGCAAAAGGAAAGAAGAGAAGCAGAGGAGGAAACUCAACCGUCAGCAGAGGUUAGGUGCUGAUUCAGAUAAUCCCCAGUUUACAAAACGGGUCAUGAAAGCGAUCACCAAAGAGCGUUUGGCCGAGGCUCAGUCCACAGGGCUCAGACUCUGCGUUGACCUGAGUAUGACAGACAGCAUGUCUGACAAGGAGAUAAGUCGACUGGCAGGCCAGUUAAGAAGGCUGUAUGGGUCGAACAAGAAGGCAACACGACCGUUUGGCCUUUUCCUGACGGAGCUGAGAGAGGACAGUCGUCUCUAUGCAGAGUGCCUUCGAAUGAAUGAUGGAUUCCUCAACUACACGAUGGACAUAACAGAAGAAAGCUGUCUGGACCUUUUUCCUGUGGAAACUAUUGUCUACCUCACACCAGAUGCUGAUGAAGCUUUAGAAACAGUGGAUGCUGACAAGGUGUACGUCCUCGGUGGCCUUGUGGAUGAAAGCAUCCAGAAGAAGUUGAGCUUCUCGAGGGCCAGAGAACUCAGCGUCCGCACGGCGAGGCUGCCCAUAGACGAGUACAUGGUGAAGAAAAACAAUGCCAAGAAUUUCCACUCUAAGAUCCUGGCUGUUAAUCAAGUUUUUGACAUCUUGUUGACGUUCUGUAACACUGGCAGUUGGACAGAAGCCCUGCAGGAGUGGUUCCCCCGGGGGAAAGGCUACAUCGUUGCACCUGACGUUUCCCCACCGCUCCUUGCCUCUGCAACACAGACUUAAUAAGGGUCAUAUGGGUUCAUGUUCAUACAUACAGAGCUUUUUAGGCCAUCACUCUGUUGAUUUUAUUACCUGAGGGAUGUUGACACAAUGUGAUGAGUACCUGGUUAAGGAGAAAUAGAGAAUCUUUGUUUAACAGUUCUUUGUAUUGUUUACGUUGAAACUAAAAAAUAUCAUAUGUGGAUGCUGGAGAUGUUCAUUUGUUUUCAGGAAUUUAACAUUAGAAUCUAGAAUAUUCCUCGGCAGGAGUCAUUUUUGUCUAGUCCAGACGUAUUUGUCAUUUUAUACUUCCUGAGGUUUUGUGAGUAACAUGACACUUACUUGUCUUAAUAUCGAGAACUAAACACAAAGCCGUGGUUUCCGGGAUGUUGAGUUUUAAUGAUACAAAAGAUGACCUUUUAGUGGCUGAUAGAAGAUUUAAUAAUUUUUCUUGUUUUAUUUUCACAGUUGUGACCCAGAAUGAACCCUUUCCUGAAAGCUAUUUCUUCAUUAAAUUAUUCCAAAGAGGCCGAGUGAGUUGGUGUGCAGCCAACUGUUGGAUGUUGUUAGAAGUUUAUUUCCUCUGUUUUAAAAUGUUUUAAAAUAAAGGGCCUUACAAGUA